AUGGCGACUGACCGAACGGACCACGACAUUGAUGACGAUAUUGUUUGUCGCGUCAACGAUUUACUGGAUCUUAUGGGACCACGAUCUACAUCGAUACAAGAUGUGGAUGAUAUUAGUGUGAAACACUUCGCUCUCCUAUAUCAUCACGUGACAGGCCAAGUCGUACCAGGUUCCAAUAAUAUUUUGUCUAAGCGAGAUGGCGCCAAAAUCGGCCAGUUCAUCGUUGACUCUUUGGCUGACGACAUUUUCGGGAUCCCGAUGGACCACGUGACAGGCGUGGGUAUUGUCAACAGGAACAGAAGGAUGCUCGCAGAUCUGUUAGAGAUCUUCGGUAGUAUCAUACAAACAAAGGACGACGAAAUAGAAAUUCCCGAUGAUGAAACGAAUUCGUUGGAUAAACUAUCUACUCCUAUAAGGGAAGUCUUAUUGUCUCUACAAGACGAGGUGGAAUCCUUGGCGAGGUCGUCUAUGCAAAACACAAAGCGUGCGACAGUACAAAAGGUUAAGGACGUAUAUACACAGACCACGCCCAUUUCCAGGACUACAGCUAUCACGAGCCCAGUAUUAUGGAAACACGUGCUACAAAGGACAGUACAGGGAAGCAGUGCCAAACCUCCAAAGCAAAUUAAGCAAUUGUCGAGAAGCACCAGUAAUUAUAUGUCACAAAGCUAUCGCCCUGUUAAGAAAACUCUGACUUCGAAACUUGGCAACCCUUUGUCGAGGUCUACAAGUUGUCUGUCCAGACGUACAUUACAAGAGAACACUCGGCCUGGAACACGACAGUCUGGCGUGUCUAGAACUACAUCUACUACUAGCCCAGAAGUACAAAACAAGCUGCGCAGGCAACCGGAACAAAUGAAAGGAAGCAUUACUCUUACGAAGGAAAUAAAUACAGAAGGCGGGACUCGGCCACCUUUCCUGACCCAAGGGCUUGGACAGCAGCAGAGGAAGAUUUUCUCAACUGACGAUAACAACAAUUUGCAGUUAAUUGAUCUAUGUCCGUCCAGAAGGACACGGACGUCUGUUUCCGAAAGUCGUGAUUUGAAACCGCAGAACCAACGACCAAUGAAAAAAAUGAUAAAACCGAAGCCCGUUAUCAGUACGAAAUUACGCCGAAAAAAAUCAACCGGAAGUGUAUCAUCCUUUCCGCCGAACGACAUGUUCAUGCCUUUUAAGGCCAACAUGUGUUACAACGAAAAGAUGGCGAAGCUAACGGAUCAAGUGAAAUCUAUACGAGAGCGUCGACAGGAAACAGCCAGACAAAUUACUCAGUUACAGGAGGAAAGUAAAAGCCUACAGCUAUUGGAGAGUCUUAUCAUCAAGGAGAUCAAGCUGACCAAAGUCAUUGAGGACAGAAGAAGCCGACCACGGGAUGUAUAUGUCAUGUAA